AUGGUGUUACUAAAUGGGGUCCUUAUGACUAUUGUUUAACUUGUCAUGAUGGGUAUAUUUCUAAUAGUAAUCCAAGAACCUGCACCUAUAAAUGCCCGUUUGGAUAAUAUGGAAAUGCAAUAUAUACAUUUAGAGGAACCGUUAUUUAAGCUUACUGCUUUGCAUGCAGUCCUGAUUGUUAUGAAUGCUCCUCUUAUUCUAUGUGCAAAUCUUGUAAUAAAGGCUAUUAUCUUAGUUUAGAAAACAGAUAGAGAUAAGUUGGGACAUGCCAGCUGA